CGCGUGGUGAUGUCAAUAGAGUUCAAAGUUGCUAUGGCGUCGUCACUCAUUCAUUCCAAUUUCCACCCAUUCCAAUUUCCAUUUUGCAUGUUUAUUUUCUGUUCACUGUUCAUUUCAUUGCGCACGCGUACUUGCAGCGAUACGGUUGCUUCUUCGUUUAUUCGUAUAUUAUAAACAUUAAUAAAACAUGUCUUUGUGCCAUUUCAACGUUUAAUAUAAAUUCAAUAAUUUAUCGUUAUUUACGUUUACUGUUAAAGUUAAAUAGAAGUGUAAUAUAUUAAAAAUGAGUGCCAAAAAGGUUAACGAAACAAACACUAAAGUCUUCGAGGACGAGAACACAGACUCUGGUUUUCUGUCUGGGCCGCUAAGUGAACAGCUGCUGUCCUCGGAAGACCUCAGUACAGAGGCAGAAGCCCCACCAGUGCCUGAUAGUGAUAAAAAAGUGAUAAGUGAAAGUUUAGGACCCGACAGUGGUGUAAUUGAGGACUUUUCUGAGUGUCUAGUAAAUAUAAAAUUAAGUGAUCCUUCGCCUGCGCAGACGACGGUGCCUUUGAUCCGAUUGGAUAAUGUAAGGAGUCAGAAUGAUCUUCCACUGGCGAUAUUGUUCCAGCAAGAUGACGACGGAGAUACACAACUACACAUCGCAGCAGUUCACGGUUGCGAGAAAUCAGUCGGCACACUCGUAAAAGUGUGUCCGGACAAAGCGUGGUUAGACGUCCCCAACGACUACGGCCACACGCCCCUACACUUGGCCGCCAUGAGCGGCCAGGCGACGGUCACGAGGAUGCUGGUCAUCGCCGGGGCGUCGGUCGCGUCCAGAGACUUGGCGGGCGAAACUCCACUACACAAGGCGGUCGCCGGAAACCACACAGACUGCCUCCGAGGCCUGUUGACGCCAGUGACAGACCGGCCGAUGAGGAAGCUGUCGACGGUUAUAAACCAGAAGAAUUACAAAGGUCAAUCAUGUGUUCAUUUGGCAGCGACGGCGGGAAGAGUAGAGUUACUCCAGAUGCUGGUAUUCUACGGAGCCGACAUUAAUGCUAGGGAGGGGCUGGCGGGCUGGACGCCGCUGCACGUGGCGGCGCGGCGCGGCGACGUGGCGCUGGCGCGGUUUCUGCUGGAGCGCUGCGGCGGCGUGGCCAAGGACGCGCGCGACUACGCGGGCCGCACGGCGCGCCGCCUCGCCGCCAAGAACCGCGCGGCGCCGCUGUUCGCCAACGUUGACGACUCCGAUGAAAGCGAUAGUGAGGAUGAGUAUGACAGUGACAGCGAUACCGAAACGUUGUACGAGAAAAUAAGACAAAGCAUCAAUCCGAUCAACGUGGCCUGAGUGACGUACACCAUUCCCUUCUCUUCUGCAACACUAUAGCAGCUGCAUCAACGCAGUACUAUUUACCACCUAUAUCACUACCAGAAAUGGCGUGCACAGGAUUCGAAGCCAGGGUAGACAGGGUAGGUCACCAAUUUACUGGCAGGUCAUGAAAAGUGAGCAUUAUGCUAUUUUAACUAGGGUACGCAGUGUUUAUGUGCCUCUAUGACGUGCACGCCACUGACUGCCAUCUACGCAGGAAUUUUUAAAAUAUAUUGUGACAAUGUACUCCGCUGUACUUUUUGAGACAAAAAAUGAAGGCAAUGGUUCGAUGGAGCCUUAAUCUUAUAGAGAAUAUUAGAUCAUACAUGAAGAAUAUUAGACCAAAAAUUAAUCAAUACAAAGUAAAUUAAUUCAUACCCCCUUAGCACGUCCGCCAACGUCUAGAAUGUUCUUAGUAGUCAAAUAUGGAGAAUAUAAGACCAGUUAUAGAUGGAGAAUGUAGGCUUAAAAUAAUGAAUACUUAAUAGAUUAACAAUUUGAAAAAUGUUUAUAUUUACGGCUGAAUUCCCCGCCUGAGUUGUAACGUCUCCAAAAACCUACAGUCAGAUUUUCGCUAAAAUAGCAUGCACUAACUUAAAGUUACUCAAAAAGUAUUCUACCUAGGAAAAAAAAGGUUUUUUUAUUAUACACAUAACUAAGUUAGGUAUUGUAUGUUUUCCUUCUAUAACACUUAAUUUGCCUAUUAUAAA